UCAAUCAUAUAGCCAGAGGCAAGGCCUUUCUCUUCCUUCUCUCCCUUGAACCUACCUCUCAACUGUUAUAUAUAAACAAAACAAAAACCCCAGAACCUCGCUUUUUUCCCAUUCCUGCUUCGGACUCCUCGUAUUUUUCUCUGCAUUGGCCUUCUUUGUAGCUCAGAGAUCUAACUUGUCUGCUGUCAAAUUGCAUUCAUCAAGAUGGCGACAACAUCAGUUUCUAACUUGCAAAUUGCAUUGUCAAGACCUUGCAUUCCUUCACAAAAGCCUGCAAAUGCAAGCGCUGUUGUCAGUGGCAAGUCCAAGGCAAGAUCAUGGGAUGGACUUGCAAGUGUCUGUCAUGUUGCAUCAGUGCAACCUUUCCAGCAGGGCCUCACAUCACGUUCCAUAAAGUUUGACAAAAUUGUAACAAAGGCAAUGUCUGAGUCUAGUGAAAACAAGCCAGUCUCAGGACUGCCUAUAGAUUUGAAAGGUAAAAGGGCUUUCAUUGCUGGUGUGGCUGAUGACAAUGGAUAUGGUUGGGCAAUAGCAAAAUCUCUUGCAGCAGCUGGAGCAGAAAUUCUUGUUGGCACCUGGGUACCUGCUCUGAAUAUUUUUGAGUCCAGCCUUCGACGUGGAAAAUUUGAUGAGUCCCGAAAAUUACCAGAUGGUUCAUUGAUGGAGAUUACUAAAGUUUAUCCCAUGGAUGCAGUUUUUGACAGUCCUGAGGAUGUGCCAGAAGAUGUUAAAGCAAACAAGCGCUAUGCUGGAUCCACUAAUUGGACUGUCCAGGAAGUAGUUGAAUCUGUUAAGAAUGACUUUGGAACCAUUGACAUCCUUGUACACUCACUUGCCAAUGGACCAGAGGUCACCAAACCAUUGCUAGAGACAUCUCGGAAUGGAUAUCUUGCUGCGUUAUCUGCAUCUAGUUACUCAUAUGUUUCUUUACUCAAGCAUUUUCUUCCAAUUAUUAACCCAGGUGGUUCUUCAAUUUCUCUCACAUACAUUGCUUCAGAGAGGAUCAUCCCCGGGUAUGGUGGCGGUAUGAGUUCUGCAAAAGCUGCUUUGGAAAGUGAUACAAAAGUGCUUGCUUUUGAAGCUGGUAGGAAGAAAAGAAUUAGAGUCAACACAAUAUCUGCCGGUCCUCUGAGAAGCCGUGCAGCAAAAGCAAUUGGAUUCAUUGACAUGAUGAUCGAUUAUUCAUUAGCCAAUGCUCCUUUGCAGAAAGAACUUACAGCUGAGGAGGUGGGCAACGCAGCCGCGUUCCUGUCAUCGCCUCUGGCAUCUGCCAUUACCGGCGCCGUUGUAUAUGUCGACAAUGGACUGAACGCAAUGGGGGUGGGAGUUGACAGCCCAAUAUUCAAAGACCUGGACAUUCCAAAGGACCAGCAUUGAUGAAAUUGCAGGUUUACUGGCACCUAAAUUAGCUUUUAGCAAUAAAGUUAGACUUGUUGCCUUAGUUCCCAAUCCACGAUCUGCUGCAGUUUGCCUUUAGAAUUUGUUGCUGCAGUUUUCCUUUUUCACACACUGAGUAAUUAUCUUUACCUCUCCUAUUGAGCUUACGACGGGUGUAAGGUUAUGAUUGUGAGGAUGUUUACUUAUUGUCAUUGAAUUGAUAUCUUUCCUGUCUGAAUUAGGGUGUGAAAUUCAAGGGAAAUUCCAUCUUAUCAAGUAAA